CCUCAACCCAUAAGUUCUUUCUUUCUGUUGUUAUACGGGGAUGGGGUCUCCGACUUGCUCUCAGAUCAUUUCAAGAUUGAAUCUUCAAGGCAACCCAGAUGGCGGCUACUAUGCGCAGACCUUGAGAGACUCCUCCAUCGUCCUCUCGAAAUCUCUCCUUCCCUCUCGAUACAAAGUUGAUCGUCCUGUGAGCACAUCUGUUUACUCCUUGCUGCCUUCAGGGAGUGUGACGCACCUCCAUCGGCUACCAUGUGCAGAAACCUUACACUUUUACCUCGGAGAGCCUCUGACGGUAUUUGAGCUGUACGAAGAUGGAAAUUUCAAGCUUACCUGCGUUGGAUCUGAUCUGCAGGGGGGAGACCAGCAGCCGCAGUACACAGUGCCUCCAAACGUUUGGUUUUCUUUAUUUCCAACAAAUGACUACGCCAUUUCCACAGAUGGGGCCAUGAAAGUUCACAGAGCCGAACCAAGGGACACAGAGAACCACUACUCUCUUCUGGGGGCUACCUGCGCCCCUGGCUUUCAGAUCGAGGAUGCCGAGGUGGCAAAACGGGCUGAAUUCAUUUCGCGAUUCCCACACCUCGAGCCUCUCAUCUCCUUACUCACCUUGCCCGACUAAACGUUUGACUGCUCCAUAGUGCAUCUAGCACUUGAAAAACUGUAAGGUGGGUAAGCCAUUGCUUGUUAUUGCCUUAUGAAAGUGCAUCAUGAAAGGUGCAGCAUUGACUGUGAGCUUUGAUUUUAGGGGAGGUUGAUCGACUCUUCAGCUAGCAUGUAUAGUGAACUGUUUUUACCCUAAUAGUACUAGUGGCUUCUGCACGAUGUCGAAGAAGCUCUUUUAUCCUGCUCAACUUUCAUUAUCAUCCAGAUGUGGAAGUGUUAUUACAC